AUGAUCACCACCCACCCUGACGGGAGCUGGUCCUACUCCAAAUCCACUCAGCAGUAUGACGUGUGCUUCAGCUCAGACACGCUCAAGAGCGACGUAGUGGUUUUCCCCGCAGCGUUUCCUCCUGUAGAUGGAGAACUCAUCAGUAUUAACGGAGGAGACACGUUCUCCAGGACGCAGACGUUACCAAACAAGGAACAGAGGGAACCCCGGAGACGGAGGGAAAAACCUGACCUAGGCUUUCAUUACCACCCCUGGGGAAUGAAGUGCUGGAUUUACCCCGGAGACGCUGAGAAAAGGGAGAGAGGCUCGCAAAACCUGGUCCUGACCCAGCAGACACUACACUGGCCGCUGUGGGAAGUGGUAUGGAGGGAUGCGGCCGCUGUGGACUCAACCUCAGACACGCUCAAGAGCGACGUAGUGGUUUUCCCCGCAGCGUUUCCUCCUGUAGAUGGAGAACUCAUCAGUAUUAACGGAGGAGACACGUUCUCCAGGACCCAGACUUUACCAACUACGGAUAAGCAGUAUGACGUGUGCUUCAGCUCAGACACGCUCAAGAGCGACGUAGUGGUUUUCCCCGCAGCGUUUCCUCCUGUAGAUGGAGAACUCAUCAGUAUUAACGGAGGAGACACGUUCUCCAGGACGCAGACUUUACCCACUACAGACAAGCAGUAUGACGUGUGCUUCAGCUCAGACACGCUCAAGAGCGACGUAGUGGUUUUCCCCGCAGCGUUUCCUCCUGUAGAUGGAGAACUCAUCAGUAUUAACGGAGGAGACACGUUCUCCAGGACGCAGACUUUACCCACUACAGACAAGCAGUAUGACGUGUGCUUCAGCUCAGACACGCUCAAGAGCGACGUAGUGGUUUUCCCCGCAGCGUUUCCUCCUGUAGAUGGAGAACUCAUCAGUAUUAACGGAGGAGACACGUUCUCCAGGACGCAGACUUUACCCACUACAGAUAAGCAGUAUGACGUGUGCUUCAGCUCAGACACGCUCAAGAGCGACGUAGUGGUUUUCCCCGCAGCGUUUCCUCCUGUAGAUGGAGAACUCAUCAGUAUUAACGGAGGAGACACGUUCUCCAGGACCCAGACUUUACCCACUACAGACAAGCAGUAUGACGUGUGCUUCAGCUCAGACACGCUCAAGAGCGACGUAGUGGUUUUCCCCGCAACGUUUCCUCCUGUAGAUGGAGAACUCAUCAGUAUUAACGGAGGAGACACGUUCUCCAGGACGCAGACUUUACCCACUACAGAUAAGCAGUAUGACGUGUGCUUCAGCUCAGACACGCUCAAGAGCGACGUAGCGGUUUUCCCCGCAACGUUUCCUCCUGUAGAUGGAGAACUCAUCAGUAUUAACGGAGGAGACACGUUCUCCAGGACGCAGACUUUACCCACUACAGACAAGCAGUAUGACGUGUGCUUCAGCUCAGACACGCUCAAGAGCGACGUAGUGGUUUUCCCCGCAGCGUUUCCUCCUGUAGAUGGAGAACUAAUCAGUAUUAACGGAGGAGACACAUUCUCCAGGACGCAGACUUUACCCACUUCAGACAAGCAGUAUGACGUGUGCUUCAGCUCAGACACGCUCAAGAGCGACGUAGUGGUUUUCCCCGCAGCGUUUCCUCCUGUAGAUGGAGAACUAAUCAGUAUUAACGGAGGAGACACAUUCUCCAGGACGCAGACUUUACCCACUUCAGAUAAGCAGUAUGACGUGUGCUUCAGCUCAGACACGCUCAAGAGCGACGUAGUGGUUUUCCCCGCAGCGUUUCCUCCUGUAGAUGGAGAACUCAUCAGUAUUAACGGAGGAGACACGUUCUCCAGGACGCAGACUUUACCCACUACAGACAAGCAGUAUGACGUGUGCUUCAGCUCAGACACGCUCAAGAGCGACGUAGUGGUUUUCCCCGCAGCGUUUCCUCCUGUAGAUGGAGAACUCAUCAGUAUUAACGGAGGAGACACGUUCUCCAGGACCCAGACUUUACCCACUACAGACAAGCAGUAUGACGUGUGCUUCAGCUCAGACACGCUCAAGAGCGACGUAGUGGUUUUCCCCGCAACGUUUCCUCCUGUAGAUGGAGAACUCAUCAGUAUUAACGGAGGAGACACGUUCUCCAGGACGCAGACGUUACCCACUACAGACAAGCCUAAAGUCCCAAAUUCGGACUGGAGAUACUCAGCUUCCCUGAGAGCUGGAGGAAUGAUGCAGAGCUCAGUGCUUAUGGAAGAGUCAUCCGUCCUGCAGGGAGCCCAGGGGGUCCUUGUUCAAAACUGGCCCACUGUAUCCAGCGUACCAGAUGCUGAUGGAGGAGAGGUGUCUCCACCAAUGGGAGCAGGCAUAGACAGCAACAGCUGGCACUUCCGCUAUGGGCCAGGUGGACCCGGUGCACCACAACUGAAACCAGGCGAUGUUCCCCCAGAGGCCUUCAUCAUCCCUGGCUCGCCGGCCAUAAUAUCUAUCAGACAGAACCAAGGAGAUGAUGAGAAGGGGGAUUUCAUGAGUUUUGGGAAGAAAGAUGAAGCAAAGAAAAAGAAGAAGAAGAAGAAGGAGAAGAAGGAUAAAAAGGAUAAGGGGAGAGAUGACGGGGAUGAGUGA